AUGGCACGCCCGGAGGCGGAGGCGGAGAUCCACCCGCUUAAGGCCCGAGAGGCGCCGGCCUCGCCAGGGACCGAGGCUCGGGACGCCGAGAAGGAGGCGGGCGGCGGCGCGCAGCCCGAGAGGCUCUCGCAGUGGCGCACCGCGGCCUUCUUCCUCUCGCUCUACCUCUGCCUCGGCCUGGCCUUCGCCUUCUCCUUCGUCAUCCCCUGCCCGGUCAGGCCCGCCUCGCGGACGGCCUGGAGCAGGGCUUACGACGACGCCGCGGCAUACGCCUUCCUGGCGGCGGGGGACGCCGACGGGGACCGAGUGCAGGACCUGCUCGUGGCCUUCCAGGCCGGCCCCGGCAGCCGGAACACCAGCGGCGCCGGCCAUGGCACUUGCUCCGGAGGAGGACCGACCCGCGCCUGCCUCUCCGCAGGCUUCGCGCCGCCCUGUGCCUUCCUGGCGGCGCAUUCGGGCACUAAUGGCAGCACGCUGUGGGAAAGGCCAGUGGCCCAGGAGCUGCUCCUGAUGGACUGCUCGGUGGAACACGGCGGCUCUCCGGCCUGCCUUGUCAUCGGGAAUCCGGCUUCCCUUGUCCUCCUGGACCUGGAGACAGGCCAGACUCAGUGGAAUGAGACAGCCAUUUUGGGGGCUAACUCUACAGUCCUGAGUCCCUUACUGAAGAUUCCUGAUAUCGACAGAGACGGUGUGCCUGAUUUCUUGGUCUUUGCUGUCACAGGAGAGGAGACGAAGAGCUUCUUCUUUUCGGGAACAUUUGGCACGCAAAAGAAAUUCAGCGGAAGCCUGCAUUUGCCAGGACUGAUUGGGCACCUGUUGCAUAUCACCAAGGGCGGAGCCCAUUACAUCCUGUUCUACACAGCAAAGGCUCUUUUUGCCUACUCGCUGAAGGAGCUGUAUCGCAUGGCUGUGGGCCCAGCAAGCCCAGCCCUUGCCAGCCUGAAGGAAGAUGCGGACUGGGAGAUGGCGAUUCAUCACAAGGCCCGACAGGUGCCUUUAGCCAGUUCUGGAGACAUUCAGUACGUGACAAAGAUAUCAGAGAAAUCAGGGAGCCAUAUUUUGGUUACAAGAUCAGCUAUGUUGGAGCUGGUGAAUGGACAGCAACUGAGUUCGUUGUGGGUUGUUGGUGUGCCACACAUUCUGAGGGAGCCCAUUCUUGGAGCCUUUGGUCCCGAUGAGAUUGCCGUGGUUAUUGAAAGCAGAGUCUCACCUGUGACAAAGAAGGUUACAAUCGUGGAGGGCAGUUCUGGAGCCAUCAAGUGGGAAGUGGAGCUGCUUUCGGAAAUACAGAGUCCCAAGCCAGCCUCUCUUGCAACUGCUGAUCGCAGAUCCAUUUUCCUCUUUUGGGGCCUGUACCAAGAUGAAAGAAAUGAAACUGGAUCUUGGCAUGGAAGUCAGCAGCAGCGGCUGUACCUUUUCCAUCCCUCCCUGCCCACUGUCCUCUUGGAACUGAGCAAUAGCACUGAGCCCAUAGUGGCCUUUGAAGGGUUGCUUUUUGAGCGAAGCCGCCAUGCCUGUUACGUGCUGCUGGUAGGCCCACAGGUUGGCAGCUCCCUUGGGAAAGUGAUACUCUCAAAGCGGAAGCUGAAGGAAGACAUUUUCAGCAGCCACGUGAUCUGGCUCAACCAGAUGCCCCAAGAUACUGACCAGAAUGUCCGGGACUAUUUCCACCGAAUGCGAUUCCGUACCUUUGGGUGAAGCUAGCCAGGGAGAAGGUAAACCGCACUCGGCUUCUGGAAUACUUUGGCUAGUCCACCACCAGGACUUGGAUCCCAUACCCUGGAUUUUGUGUAGAGGCCCUAGGUUAAACAGCACAUGGGGGAAAGAGAGAGACAUUAUGCCUCCUCUCUGACCAUCAGAGAUAUCCAUUCCCCAGAGGAGAAAGAUCUUGGAAAUGGUGCAACUGGGGUGGGGGCAGUUCUCAGAGUUAUCGUGUGCCUGGCCAUCUGGCUUCUCUUAGUCAUCCUUCCCACUGGAACAGCGGACUCUGCGCAGCUUGGCUAUAUAACUGCAUCAGCCCCAGAAGUGCCUUGAGGGCCCUCUCAGUGUCAUAAUUGGUUUGGAUCCUACAAUCUCCCUGAAGAAUCUGCAAAGCAAUCGAAGCAGCUCCAUCGGCCUUGGCCACCUCUGCUCCCAAAGUAAUGCACCUGGGCUGCCUGAUCUCCAGCUCACAGGCACCGAGCCAUGCAGGUACUAGGACAUCCAACUGCUCCUUGUUUUCUUGCUGUGGCCAAGCCUCAGGUGUGGCUUUUUCUAUCACAGUUCAAAGAUGGAGAUGCUUUGCAGAGUCGGAGUUCAUUUAUCUGCCACAGAUAAUUUCAAUUUCAAUAAAU